AUGGCACUCACGAAACCGAUCUUUUAUUUCUCCGAGGGCAAAAACGUAAUUUUCAGCUCAUCGGUGGUGGCUAUCGAGAUCGGGAUCUCCUUAGUCACCGAGAAAUCGUCGGCAUACCAGGUGGUGAGUGUUCCCGGCGGUCUCCGAUCGGGAAAACGUAGUGCGCGGGCCGAUCGAAGGCUCCCACAGUGGCUUAGAGUGGGAAAGACGGUAACUGAGCUGGAUCAGAGCUCUCGAUCGUUAUCGUCCGCCGUCGAGGUGAGAAAUCCGAAAGUCGCGCCUGCGAACGCCCGGCGAUCUAAGUCCCGCGUCACGGCGGCGCGUGAAUCUCAGUUGACGAGCUGGUUGUCGGUCGGGGAAAAGGCGGACGCGGAUGAGAGGAGGGAGAUGAGGAGAGGGAGAGGGUUUUCGUCGUCGCCAUUGGCAGCGAGCUUCGAUGGUUUUCUGAAAAUGUCGCUGUUAGACACCACUUUUGUGAACAACGAGCUGUCCAAGAGAACAUGGGUUUUUGGGCUCCAUUUGUACAGGGUGAUCGGAAUAGCCGUCGGAGUGGUUAUUGUACUCAUACUCUUCCUCAUUUCCCUCUGCAUCACCGCCUAUCGCCGCCGCAGCGGCAGCGGAAAGGGCGGACGUCGCCGUCCGGCUAGCGAGAUUAUUCCAGUCGUCUCGAAGGAGAUCCAGGAGAUCACUACAACGGCGGCCGCUGCCGCUGAACAACGCCCCAUUGCGCCCAUGGCUGUGCCUGAAAUACAGAUAGAUAUGGGAAAGGUAGCACACAGGGUAGUGUUUUCUGAUCGGGCAACGUCUAGCGGCGAGAGCAAGGCCACUAGUGGGCCCGACACUGGCUCAUUUGGUGGCGGUGGUGGCAGUGGUGGUUCGUUACCUGAGGUGUCUCAUUUGGGGUGGGGAAGGUGGUACACUCUGAGGGAGCUUGAAGCGGCCUCGAAUGGCUUGUCUGAUGAGAAUGUAAUUGGCGAGGGUGGAUAUGGUAUUGUGUAUUAUGGAGUUUUGGCUGAUAAUACUCGAAUCGCGAUAAAGAAUUUGUUGAACAAUAGGGGCCAAGCUGAAAAGGAGUUUAGAGUGGAGGUUGAGGCAAUUGGACGCGUUAGACACAAAAAUCUCGUUAGGUUGCUGGGGUACUGUGUCGAAGGUGCUUACAGGAUGCUUGUAUAUGAAUAUGUUGACAAUGGGAAUUUGGAUCAGUGGCUUCAUGGGGAUGUAGGCCAAGUUAGCCCUUUGACGUGGGAAAUUCGGAUGAAUAUUAUUUUAGGAACUGCAAAAGGCUUGGCUUAUCUUCACGAGGGUCUCGAACCAAAGGUUGUUCAUCGAGACAUCAAGACCAGCAACAUACUGCUCGACAGAAACUGGCAUCCUAAGCUGUCUGAUUUCGGGCUCGCCAAACUUUUGAAUUCCGAGAUAUCUUAUGUGACGACACGAGUUAUGGGAACAUUCGGUUAUGUUGCGCCAGAAUACGCAUGCACUGGUAUGCUAAACGAGAAGAGUGACAUUUACAGCUUCGGAAUAUUAAUUAUGGAGAUUAUUACAGGAAGAUCACCAGUCGAUUAUAGUCGGCCACCUGGAGAGGUUAAUCUGGUCGACUGGCUUAAAAUGAUGGUUGCGAACAGGAAAACCGAAGAGGUUAUCGACCCUAAGCUGCCCGAACUGCCCGCCUCGAAAGCACUAAAACGCGUCAUCUUAGUGGCCCUUAGAUGUGUCGACCCAGAUGCUCUAAAGAGACCCAAAAUGGGCCAUAUUAUACACAUGCUGGAGUCCGAGGACUUGCAAUCUCGCGAAGAAAGAAGAUCAGGUCGUGAACCAUCGAGUUCGUUGAGAGAAGUUGAUAAUCACUCGGGUCGAAGUUUUGAAAAAAUAACAAAAAUGAGUCGUGCUCAAGAACCACCACACAGGCCCUUUCUCCCUUUCGGAAACCCUUUUCGCAUGCUAUCUCCAAAGGGGUCCCAUCUCUCUCCCAAGCUCCUCUCUUUACUGAACACUUUCGAGGAGACUCUUGCAGGCCGAAUCAAGAAGCUUAUGCCCGCAAGCAAGGAGGAUGUUCUCCGUUUAUCCUGGAUGAGGUGUGCUGUCGAGUCCCUUUGCGAGAUCCACACAGAUGUCAAAACCCUUAUCACGGCCCUCGAGCUUCCCAUUUGCGACUGGGAAGACAAAUGGGUCGACGUCUAUUUGGACAACAGCGUGAAACUGCUCGACAUAUGCAUUGCUUUCACCUCCGAGAUAUCUCGUCUCAAGCAAGGCCAUCUCUACCUCCAAUGCGUGUCCCAUAACCUGAUGAGUAAUGAUGAUGCCUCCCCACAGCAGUUCUUGCAGGCCCACUCGUCUCUAAAUGGUUGGAAAAAGCACGUCGGCUUGAAAAACGCGAGGCUCGACAAGUGCUUUGCCAUGAUGGAUGGACUCGCCCAGAAGUUGGACUUGCCGAAGAUCAAAAACUCGGCUAAGGGGAAAAUUCUGAUGCGGGCAAUGUACGGGGUUAAGGCGGUGACCCUUCUGAUUUGCAGCAUAUUUGCUGCAGCCUUCUCGGGCUCAGCAAAGAAGCUGAUGGACUUGAAGAUAACUGAGUCGUUUUUCUGGGCGGAGGCUUUUGCUGAGCUCCAGGCUUUUGUAAAUACCGAGAUUCGGAGCUUGUAUUCGAGCGGGAGGGUCACGGUGCUCAAAGAGCUUGAAUCUGUCAAUCAUAAUGUGAAUAAAUUGUAUCCUGUCGUUGGGGAAGGUUUAGUGGCCGUUGAGACUGAGAAAUUGUCUGAAUUGACGUGCGAUUUGAGGAAAUCGGCCGAGAAUCUUUCGGUUGGACUGGAUUUGCUUGGUAAGGAAGUAGAUGGGUUUUUCCAGAUUGUCCUAACGGGUCGUGAUGCGUUGCUUUCUAACCUUAGAGUAGGAGCUGGUGUUUCUGAUAGUGGAAGGAGUAACAACAGUAACAAAGUUGGAGGUUUUUCGUCUCUUGUCUUGUUCGAUAUGUCUGUGGAGUCGAGUUCAGGUGAUCAUGGCGGGCAUAAUAUCAAGGGGGUCCCCACUCAUGGUGGGAGAUAUGUUCAGUACAAUGUGUACGGAAAUUUGUUUGAGGUUUCAAGAAAGUACGUCCCGCUGAGGCCCGUGGGACGCGGGGCUUAUGGUAUUGUUUGUGCCGCUGUAAACUCGGAGACACGUGAAGAAGUUGCUAUUAAGAAGAUUGGGAAUGCGUUUGACAACAGAAUUGAUGCAAAGAGAACAUUGAGGGAAAUUAAACUUCUACGUCACAUGGAUCAUGAUAAUGUGAUUGCAAUUAAAGACAUUAUACGCCCCCCACUAAAAGAAAACUUUAAUGAUGUCUACAUUGUGUAUGAACUUAUGGACACUGAUCUUCAUCAGAUUAUCCAGUCAACCCAACCAUUGACCGAUGACCAUUGUCGGUACUUUCUUUACCAAAUCCUUCGAGGGCUCAAAUACGUUCACUCAGCACACGUCUUGCACCGUGACCUAAAACCGAGCAAUUUACUACUUAAUGCUAAUUGUGAUCUGAAAAUCGGGGAUUUUGGGCUAGCCAGGACAACAUCGGAAACUGAUUUCAUGACUGAAUAUGUUGUCACUCGCUGGUAUCGAGCACCUGAACUGCUCCUAAAUUGUUCAGAAUACACUGCUGCUAUUGAUAUAUGGUCUGUGGGUUGCAUACUCGGUGAAAUCAUGACAAGAAAACCUCUUUUUCCUGGCAAAGAUUAUGUUCAUCAGCUAAGACUUAUAACUGAGCUUAUAGGCUCUCCAGAUGAUGCAAGUCUCGGUUUCCUUCGAAGUGACAAUGCUCGAAGGUACGUUAGGCAGCUGCCUCAGUAUCCUAGGCAACAAUUUGCUGCUCGAUUUCCCAACACUUCUGCUGGAGCUUUGGAUUUAUUAGAGAAAAUGCUUGUUUUCGACCCAAGCAGGCGUAUUACUGUUGAUGUGGCUCUGUGUCAUCCAUACUUGGCUCCUCUUCACGACAUAAAUGACGAGCCAGUUUGCCCUCGACCUUUUGUUUUCGAUUUUGAGCAGCCAUCAUUUACUGAGGAGAAUAUCAAGGAGCUCAUAUGGAGGGAAUCCGUUAAAUUCAACCCUGACCCGUCUCACUGAGAAGGCUCAUACAAUUGUAAUACGCUGAUAUUGAGACUCUUUCGAAUACAUCUGUUUAAAAAACUCUGUAAUGACACUCUUUCGACAUCUGUUGAGAAACUCUUUAAUGAGGAUCGGUUUUAAUAGCAGUCCCCCUAAAAGAAAUGAAAUAAUUUGCAGUGUGGAGUUCUUCGGACGUUUUAUAGCUGCAAUAUUAUGGAUUCUUAUUUUGGGUCUUGUUAGUUGUUACAUUUUGCAGUGGUGAACAGUAUUGUAUAAAAGAGUUUGAAGUAAUAUUUGCUCUGAAGAAGGAUAUUACUAUGUGUUAGUUUGAUUGAAGGGUGUUGGUUGUUCAUUAAAUAAUGGGUGCCUUUGGA